UCCACACGCUCUAUCCCUCCACUUAUCUGCAAAAUCCAUUCGCCAUGGCAGCCGCUUCGGUUCCCUUACUCAGUAUCCCGCUUUCGCGAGCUCGAAGCCUCACUGGAACCCAAUACGCUCGUGCCUCACCGUUUCCAUUACUUGCCGGCGGGGACUUGGGGAGCCGGACAAUAGUCCUCUCCGAUGUGAGCCGGAAUUCCUGUCGGAAGAGAUGGAAACUGAGAGCAAUUAGGGCAGAUAUUCCACCAGAGAGUAUAGAACCAAUUGUUCCUCCCUAUAAUGUGCUCAUCACCGGCUCAACUAAAGGUAUUGGAUAUGCUUUAGCGAAAGAGUUUUUGAGAGCUGGUGACAAUGUCUUGAUAUGUUCAAGAUCAGCCGAGCGUGUAGAGUCAGCAGUUCAGAACUUGAAAGCAGAAUAUGGGGAGCAGCAUGUGUGGGGAACGGUUUGUGAUGUUAGAGUGGGAAAAGAUGUCAAAGAGCUAGUAGCCUUUGCGUGUGAAAAGAUGAAAUAUGUUGAUAUAUGGAUAAAUAACGCUGGAUCAAAUGCAUACAGUUAUAAGCCGCUGGCUGAAACUUCUGACGAAGAUCUUAUGGAAGUCGUCACGACAAACACACUUGGUUUGAUGAUUUGCUGUCGUGAGGCAAUAAAAAUAAUGCUUAGCCAGCGUCGUGGUGGUCACAUAUUUAACAUUGAUGGAGCCGGGUCGGAUGGAAGACCAACCCCAAGGUUUGCUGCAUAUGGAGCAACCAAACGUAGUGUGGUGCAUCUGACCAAAUCCUUACAAGCUGAACUGCAGAUGCAAGAUGUAAAGAACGUCAUGGUACAUAACCUAUCGCCUGGUAUGGUCACAACAGAUCUUCUCAUGUCUGGCGCCACGACAAAGCAAGCCAAAUUCUUUAUCAAUAUUUUGGCCGAACCACCUGAAGUGGUUGCUGAAUAUCUUGUGCGAUGUAUUAGAUCAGUACCCGCCAGUGGAACAAAGAAGCCAACUUACAUUCGAUUUCUUACUGGCCUGAAAGCCUACUCCCAAAUUUUUUCAAGACUUGCGUUUGGUGCUAGAAGAAAUAGACAUCUCAUUGAAGAUUGAAGAGCUAAAUGGCAUUGAGAAGAUAAGGCGCAUAUUGUGCUGAGUCACAUGACUAAAUUUUGGCAUUGUGUUCUUGAUGAUGUUAUUUAUGUACAUUUUUCUUGGAUAGUUGCACUUUGUCUGCCUCACAAUUGUCAAAAUCAAAUUAGAUUUAUGGAAGAUUUACGUACAGUGGUAUAGAUGUAAAAAAGAAAUGUUCUGUGCUUCCAGAAAUGUUUGAGCGGGGAGAGACCACAGAGUACACUGAUUCUGCAUUUAUAGUCUGCUCUCCCUCUUCUUCCUCGGCAAUGUUCUCUUAAUUGGUAAUAUUUUGUUGUUAUUAAGUUAUUACUAUGCAUGAUUGAAUUUCAUUAUAACAAACCAAAUAUUGCAAGAAAAAGAAAUUAGAAAAUUU